AUGCGCGAGACCGACUUCGUGCUCGUUGUCGGCACCAGGCUGAACUGGAUGGUCCAGUACGGACACCGAUUCAACCCCGACGCGACGGUCGUGCAGAUCGACAUCGACCCCGCAGAGCUUGGACACAACCGCAACAUUGACCUCGGUAUCGUCGGCGACGCCAAGGCCGUCAUGUCUCAGCUGGUGGCAGAAGCCCGGACCCGCGAGGCUGACUGGGCGGGCCGCAUAGAGUCGGACUGGAUUGUGCGCCUGAGCGAGGUGGAAGACCAGCGUGCCGCGCAGGGCGCCGCGCUGCUGAACUCCGACCAGUCGCCAAUGCACCCGGUGCGGCUUUGCAAGGAAAUUCGUGAGUUCAUCGACCGCGACGCAAUCGUCUCGGUUGACGGCAACGAGAUCCUGCACAUCGGACGCCAGACCAUCCCGACGUUCUAG